UCCUCUCUCCUCUCUCCUCCUCCGUGUGCUCCCCUCACUUCGCUCUCCAGCAGGCCCGACCUCCACCGCACUCCACCCGGCCACACACCCAGAAAGACCCCGCCGACUCCCGGGAGACAGCACACAUCACGGGGGCAGAGAGCUCAGCCGGAGCCCAGCGAGAGACAACAACCGGAACACUGGGACAUUUUUCAUGUUUUCCCCCCGGUCGCAUUGCAGCAUUUCUCUCCUUCUCCCAUUUGUAGCUUCUCCUCCACCAUCAUCACCUUUCUCCACAGAAGAAGAGAGAAACUUUCCGCAGAAUGGAAAGAUGUAAAAAUCGGGCCGGGGACUAAACUUUGACGCUAACUGUGCGACCAGAGCAGCGGCGGCAGCGGGCUGGGCUAACUCCAGAGGACCGUUAGGUUCGCAGCUAGCUAGGUGGGACCCGGAGCACGCUGGUGGAGGGAAGACCCCCAAGAAAAAACAACAAAAAGGAAGCAGACAUCUUUCCUCUCGGAGAACCGCACUGCUCUCGUCACUUCACUGCGGGGGGGGAACACACGCCAAAGAUGCUGUCAGGGCUGAGUGCGUGGUUCUGGCAGGAGCGGCUGUGGUUUCCUGAAGGUCUGGGCUGGGCUGACCUGGAGGACCGGGAUGGGCGCGUGUAUGCUAAAGCUCGGGAUCUUUGGGUGGCGCUGCCCAUCGCCCUCAUAUUCCUCAUUAUUCGUCAGAUCUUUGAGAGGACAGUGGCUACACCCCUGGCCUCUCUACUGGGGGUGAAAGAGACAGUACGGCUCAAAGCCCCUCCCAACAUCACACUGGAGUCCUACUACUGUACUGUGGCCAAGAACCCCACACAGAGUUCAAUAAUAAGUCUUAUCAAGCAGACUGGCUAUCCAGAACGACAAGUGCAGCGAUGGUUCAGGAAACGGAGGAACCAGGACAGACCGAGUUUGCUCAAAAAAUUCAGAGAAGCCAGUUGGAGAUUUACCUUUUACCUUCUUGCUUUCAUUGCUGGCCUGGCUGCCCUCAUCGAUAAACCUUGGCUGUAUGACCUGAAGGAGAUGUGGGAAGGCUUCCCUGUGCUGACGCUGCUGCCAUCUCAGUAUUGGUACUACAUGAUCGAGCUGGGUUUCUACAGCUCUCUGCUCUUCAGUGUAGCUUCUGAUGUGAAACGCAAAGAUUUCAAGGAGCAGAUUGUUCACCAUGUGGCGACCAUCCUCCUCAUCAGCUUCUCUUGGUGUGUUAACUACAUCCGUGCUGGAACUCUCAUCAUGUUCGUGCACGACUCCUCUGAUUACCUUCUUGAGUCUGCAAAGAUGUUCAACUAUGCUGGGUGGCGUAACGCCUGUAACUACAUCUUCAUCGUAUUUGCUGCAAUCUUCAUUGUCACUCGUCUGUUCGUCUUCCCCUUCCGCAUUAUUUACUGUACGUGGGUUUAUCCUGUGACCGUCUACGAACCCUUUUUCGGCUACUACUUCUUCAAUGGACUUCUGAUGAUUCUUCAGUGUCUACAUAUCUUCUGGGCUGUGCUCAUCAUACGCAUCGCAAUCCGCUUCCUCACCAGCAAUGAAAAGGUAGACGAUGAAAGGAGUGACAAAGAUGAAACAGAUGAAUCAGAAGAAGAGGAGGAGGGGGUGAAGGACAUGAAGAAAAGCAAUGGACCAGUGCAGAACGGUCAUGCAAUCCACAACAACAACCACAGCAAGACAGCGUGAAGGUGUCAGGAUUUAGGAAUGUGAGAUGGACUCAUAUCCCUCAGUAGGGGAGCAGGAGGGAGGGAUGAAGAGAGAGAAGAGCGAAGGGGGCAAGACAUUCCCUAAAGCCAAGAACACCAGGUAUCCUGAGGAAAUUUGACACUAAUACCUUUGCACGACACACUAACACAUGUUCAUUCAUACUUUUAGAGGGCACAGGGAUCCAGCAGAUGAUAUACAGCAACUGGCAGGAUUUGUUUUGUGCUUUUUCGUCGGAGAAUAAUGUAUCAUGUGAGAUGUCGGUCACAAAAUUUAAGAGACAGGGGAGGAAAUGGAGAGGACCAAAGCGUGGAGAGAACUGAAGAGGGUGAUGCUGCUUCUACUUUAGCUUUCUUGUUCUAACUGUGCCUUAGAGCCAGCUAAUCGCUGUCCAAAUGACAUUUUAUAGCUUUUAUGCUUUAAUCUCGUGUUGCUUUAUUUCCUUGUAACGUCGCUGUUUUUUUACUAGAAGAGUGAAUGAGUGAACGUAUUAUGAAAGUGGAACAAUAGGGCAUUUAUUUCCCUAAUUUUUCAGCCUAUGCAAGUAUGUGUAUGUUCAGCUAUUGCAACGUCUUUGCACAAACAUACAGUGUCUCUUAUAUAAUGUUAUCUACAGUAUAAUGUAAUAAUCAGCAGGAGGACUGUGUGCCUCUGCUCCCCACUGUAGCUGGUGCCAUUUUAAAAGCAGUCUGCCUCGGAUGAAUACAUGUGGUAUUAACUUUUUUUAAAGAUAAACAGAAAGUAAAACUUUCUUUCUUAUUUUAAUUCCAGUCCGGUUUUCCGCUUCCGAAAGAGAUGUAUGACCUGCAAAGGUUAUUUAUCAUGGCUCAGUAAUAACUAGAGAUGAAUGUUAAACACAACAGCACUGUGAUAUAAAAUCACAGCAUCCUGCCAGUUGUGAUGGAGCUGGAUGUUUUUUUUUCUGCUCUGGUGUGGCUGAAGCAGUUUGAUCCAGUUGAGAAAUGAAUCACAGUGAUGAUGCCACCCGAUGUAACGCAAGGACACUCCUGAAAAUGAUUGCAAUAGUGGUCUGCUCUUUUGAAAUGAAGGAGUUUUAUGAAGGCAAAUGGAAUUAACCAUUUCUAGAUUUAUGAAUAUCGGCCAGAUGUCCACAGUUCACUGCCUUGUGGCCUGGGUUAUAUUUAAUAACCUUGGCGAGAAUUUAAGUGUUGAUCUAAGUGAAUUAUUUUAGGUAUGAUUAUGUGUAUGAAACGGGUUUACAGGUAUGUCCUUUGAUUUCUUUUUUUCCAGUGUUGAAAAAAACUCAUGAGGUAUUAAUGAAAUAAUUGUUGCAGUUUUUUUGUUAUGCUUUAAAGUUUUUUUGUAUGUCAAGUGCCUUAUGUGUAAUGUAUGGGAAGCUCUCUCUCACGUCUUCAUGUUCUCUCCUUUUCUUUCUGGUCUUCACCUCACAUCACAGACACAACUAUAAAACUAAAACAUCCUCUUUCCCCUGCGGUCUCAUUCCUCAAUCACUUUUUUCCCUCUCCUUUAUAAAUGAUCCCUCCUUUCACACUCACCCUCAUUCCACCCACCACGUCUUCUUUACUAACCCAGACCAACCAGCAACCUCUCUCCUCGGGUGAUACAGAAGAAACAGCUGUGUCCUAAUUACAGUGUUAUUUAGUUUUUUCAUUUGUAUUUUUUUGUUUUAUGAUGCCUAAGUAUUGUUAUUAAUAAUAAAAACAGAGACCAUGAAUUGGAAAGAAAAUA